AUGGAUGAAGACAGUAUCGAGUCUGGAGAGCCGAUCUAUGAGCUCGCGAGCAAAUGCGAAAAAUUAUUCUCUGAACAAAUCUCGAGGCUGAAAGCUGAAGCCAAUCUCAAUGGAGCAAAGGUUGUUGGGGAAUACCAACAGCGAUUUUCAGCAUGGGCGGCCUUCUUAGGCGUCUUCGCCGUUCCCGAGAUGUGCCUUGAUCGUAGACUGCAGAGGCAUGCAGAUAUACAAGAUCUCGCGCUUCGCUUGCUGGACAUUAUGGAGAGAAAUUUGACUUAUCAGAAUAUUGAGGUUUCAACCUCAGAUAAAGCUUCAUCACCUCAGCCUCAGCUCCAAAUAAGCAUAGAGAGUCUAAGAGGGAUCGAAGGGGCUAUCGAACGUCUCCAUCAUCUCGGAGGGACCAUUCGGCUAUCCUCAGAAGCGAGCCAGGCAACCAAAUUUGGAAAAUUCGCAGCCAAGUUUGACUCCACUUCGUUUGAAGGAGUCGCACGCCUGGCCAUCACUUCAUUCUAUCCGGACGCAAGCCCAUCUCUAAUCGAGCAUCUUGCGCGCGCAAUGGCCGACAUGUAUCAGAAGUUUCACUAUAGGAGGUCUCGUCAAGUGAGGCUCCAAGCUCGACCUCAGCUACAAUUACCUAUCAUAAAUGAAGAGCCGGCUCUACAGAUAGAGGCUGCCACGUGGAAAGCCGAUCCAUCACCAGCACCUCCUCCAAGAGACGAUAUAUAUAAACGAUUAGUUCGACCAAUAGUCAUGUCACAUUUAGGUGCCAGAUCCCACCAGUCAAGGGAUUCUAAACCCACGUCUCUUGACAGCCAAGAGUUCAAGAAGCUUUUUCCGCAGCGAAAGGGCGGCCCUGUGCAGAGUAAAACAAAGUCUGUUGCUGCUAACCUUGUUGCCUAUCCUCAGCCAUCAGAAGAUAGUCUGGCCUGUGACUGGUGUUUUUCACCUCUUCCUGAGGACGAGUUCAAAGGGGACAAGUGGAAAAAGCAUUUAAACGAAGACUUUAAGCCUUUUCUCUGUCUCUCGGAAAAAUGCAGUGAGCCAUUAAAAAGAUUUCCAACAUCGACGACCUGGUUUGACCACAUGCUCGAAGCUCAUGGUAAGAAUUGGCACCGAGAAGUGCAUUUGCCGACCUGGUGGAUUUGCCCAUUAUGCAAUAACCAAGAGACGUCAUACCCCAAGAUGCAAGACCUCUCUGAACACAUAUCAAGGCUUCAUGGAGCUGUUUUUACAGAGCAACAGAUUCAGAUCAUCGUGCAACAGAGCCGACUCCGAGCUCCUCGGUCACAAGAUGUUUGUCCCCUGUGUUGUCUUCCCAUGAAGGAUGAACAAGACAGAGACGAAGACGUCCGGGCAACACCAAAUCCUCAAGUUCCAGCCUUCCAAAGCCAGGGGCAGUUAAGCGUUGAAACAAUUGCAAGGCAUGUGGCUGCUCAUCUUCAAGGAAUAAUGCUUUUCUCCCUUCGUAUGAUUUCCCUAGAUGCUGCCACAGACAAGUCAACAGAUGAUAGGGAUAUAUCAGGUGAUACUGACGAUGAUUUGUCCCGCCUUGGCUCACAUCAAAAACCCUCUCUUCCGGAGACUCAAGAGACAGAGACUAUCGCCAAUGAUUUGUUGGUACAAGAAAGCAUGGAUGCCGAUGACCCUUUGUUAGAAAAUGCCAUUCCAGACUGCGAGCAUGACAUGAAUUGGCAAGAAUUCAUUCCCAAUAGCGAGCCUCCUCCAGAAGCCGAUACGUUUCUACAACAAGUGAUAGAUUCUGGGGCGUUUCAAACUAGAGAGCAGUCUCCAUCUCGUAUAGCUACUAUUAGCAAAGCAUCUGAAAAACCCCCUUUGAUAGGUAAGCAAACAAUAGACAACUUGAGCUGUUACCCAGCAGAAACUGACAUCCUUAGCACGGCCUCGCACACCACCGGCGACCAUCAUAAUAUUUCCUUUCCGCCAUGA